AACUCCCCCCCCGAACCACGCGAUCGCUAAGGUCACAGCAACGGCACCGCGAAAAUGGAAUCCGUUUCCCGUUCCGCCAUCGCGUUUCCCGUUCCCCUCCCUCCCCGGCGCGGGGGCGCCGCGGCGGCGCCCAUCGGACGGCUGAGAUCGCGUCAGAAGCCGCGGGUUACGGGCAUCCGCAGCGCCAACCCGGCGCAGCGCGAACCGGAUCGGGUGCGGCGCGAACCGGACUCGGGUGCGGAUCCGAUAACGGAGGGGGAGGAGGAGGAGGAGGUGGAGCAGGAGUUGGCGGAGAAGUUGGAGGGGUUGGAGGAGGAGGUGAUGGCGGGAACGGACGAGGGGCGAGAGCCGACCGAUUACGAUCGGAGGGCCCACAUCUUCUCUGAGAGCUCGCGCGUGUUCCGCGCUCUCAAGGAGCGCAGUGCUAAUUAAUAGUCCUAGUUAAGAAGAAUUAUUAUGUACCCAAAAGAAAAUAAGCUUUCUCAGCAUUUAUUUACCCUUUCUAGCUAGUUUGUAUGUUGGUAGAAACCAUCUUGUUCACAAUAGAUCGAAAACUAUUUUGUUCUUAAUAAGAGUCUCUUUGGUUCUGUUGAA